AUGUUGCCGGCCAAAGAGGCGGCAAAGAUCUACCACACCAACUACGUGCGUAAUUCCCGCGCUGUAGGUGUGCUGUGGACCGUGUUCACCAUCACGUUCGCUGUGAUCACGGUGGUGGUGUUCAUCCAGCCCUACUGGAUUGGGGACAGUGUCAACACGCCACAAGCUGGUUAUUUCGGCCUCUUCCACUAUUGCAUAGGGAACGCACUCACCUCGGAGCUCAUCUGCAAAGGGAGCGCACUGGACUUUGGCUCCAUCCCGUCCGGAGCCUUCAAGACGGCCAUGUUCUUCGUAGGCAUCUCCACGCUGCUGGUUGUGGGUAGCAUCGUGUGCUUCAGUCUCUUCUUCUUUUGCAACGCGGGCAGUGUGUACAAGAUCUGCGCCUGGAUGCAGCUGGCCUCCAGCGCUUGCAUGGUGAUCGGCUGCAUGAUUUACCCCGAUGGCUGGGACUCGGAUGAGGUGAAGCGCAUGUGUGGCCAGCGGACCGACAAAUACACCCUAGGUCACUGCACGGUGCGUUGGGCCUACAUCCUCGCCAUCAUCAGCAUCAUGGACUCGCUCAUCUUGUCUUUCCUGGCCUUCAGCCUGGGCAGCAGACAGGACAAGCUGCUGCCUGAGGACUUCCAAGUGGAGGGGAAAGGUACCAGCAGGGAGGGGAGGACAUAA